GACGGCGAAGCGCCAAAAGAUGACGGAGCACCAAAAGAUGGCGGAGCACCAAAAGAUGGCGAUGCAAAUAACACACCAAAGAAAUCACCACUUGACUUACCGGUUGUUCCUACAAAAAUUGAUCCAACUUCAACUUGCGCUUCUCCUAAUGAUGACAAAUGCAAACCUCCACCAGGAUUUACUCCAAUCGUUAAAACAACUACACAAGAAGAAGUAGAAACGAUAACACCAGCUCCAGAUAACCCAACACCAGCUCCAAAUAACCCAAAUAACCCAACAUCAGCUCCAAAUAAUCCAGAUAACGAUAAGAAUAAAGAUAAUAAUAAUAAUAACGAUAAUAACAAUAAUGGUAACAACAAUAACGGUAAUAAUGGUAAAAAUGGUGGUAACGAUAAUGAUGGUAACGAUGUUAAUAACAAUAAAAAUAACAACAAUAACAACAACAAUAACAACAACAAUAACAACAACAAUAACAACAACAAUAACGACAACAAUAACGACAACAAUAACAAAAAUAAUAACGAGAAAAAUAACAAUGAGAAAAACAAAAUAACCCAAUAUACAACUACCACAACAACACUUACAUUAUACUUUGCCGGCUAUACAACUGAAAUAACGACAACAAAUUCUAAAGGUGCGAUUACAUCCUUCUCGACAUACAUACCUCCAUCCACUGUACUUGUGGUAAAAAAAAUUGCUGUCACUGCGCCCCCGAUUGAAAUAGGCAUUUCGAAAUCUACAACAACUUUACACGAUUUUAAUAGUCGCGGUUUAUUUGGUGUUACAAUGAGUUUAGCUAUAGUUAUUGCAACUUUAGUUUUUAUGAUUUUCGCGUAAUUCAAUUAAAAGUAAGAAUAUAUCGAAUAUAUUAUCAUUUGUAUAAUAAAUAUAAUAACUAAUUUGUAUAAUAAUAAUGUAAAAAUAGAUAUAUUAGUAAUAA